ACAGCGAUCAGAGCUCAUGUUGCUGCCAUUAAGUCCGUCACCAAAGGAGGCUGAAAAUGCUGCUCGGUAAAGGGGCAGGGAACACACAAGACUACUGAACUCCUCAGAGCCUGGAUUGUCCCACUGUAAUCAGUCGUGAUCUGGGCAGCUCCAAGCAGCCAGAUUCUGAGAUUUGAAGGAAACACUGGAAAACAGGAGGAUGGAAGGGAAACUCCUGUGUCUCUACCUGCUGAUGGCAGCAAUCACCACUCUGCAGUGCCAGGAGUUCCUUGUGCGCCUCAAACGGGGAGCCAGAUCUAAAGCCACUUGCACUGACCGUUCAUCCAGACAGAUUUACCAGCAGAGAGAGACCUGGCUACGACUCGCAGGAGCCAGAGUAGAAUAUUGUGUGUGUGAGAACGGCUGGAGUAGUUGCCACAGCGUGCCUGUCAGAAGAUGUGCUGACAAGAAAUGCUACAAUGGGGGUCAGUGCAAGCAGGCAUUAUACUCCCCUCUGCACUUCAUCUGCCAGUGCCGUCAAGGCUUCUCUGGGAAGCACUGUGAGAUAGAUACCAAAGUCACAUGUUACAAAGACUUGGGAGUAACAUACAGGGGGACGUGGAGCGUGACGGAGAGUGGGAGCGAGUGCUUAAACUGGAAUAUCAGUGCCUUGGCUCAGAAAAAGUACAAUGGGCGGAGAGCAGAUGCUGCUCAACUGGGACUUGGCAAUCACAACUACUGCAGGAACCCAGAUGAGGACUCCAAACCCUGGUGCCAUGUCUACAAAGGGGGGCAGUAUACCUGGGAAUACUGCAGCACACCUGCUUGCUUUAAAGGAAAGGAGGACUGUUUUUCUGGGACGGGCAUAGAGUACCGGGGCAGCCACAGCACUACCAGCUCCGGUGCCGCCUGUCUGAGAUGGGACUCCAAAAUCAUUGCCAACAAAUUCUACACAGCUUGGCUGGUCAAUGCCCAACAGCUGGGUCUCGGGAGCCACAAUUUCUGCCGAAACCCUGACAAUGACUCCAGGCCAUGGUGCCACGUGCUGGAGGCAGGCCAGACAAAGUGGGAAUACUGCAACGUGCCUGUCUGCUCCACGUGUGGCCUACGGCAGCACAAAGUGGCCCAGUUCCGAAUUAAAGGCGGCCUCUAUGCAGACAUCACCUCCCACCCAUGGCAGGCUGCCAUUUUUGCCAGGUAUCGGCGAGUGACUGGGGAGCAUUUCCUGUGUGGAGGAAUCCUGAUCAACUCCUGCUGGGUCCUGUCAGCUGCCCAUUGUUUCCAGGAGAGGUUUAGUGUCAACCGUCUAAAGAUUGUACUGGGUAGGACCUAUCGAAUGAUCCCUGAGGAGAACGAGCAGCAAUUCCAAGUGGAGAAAUACAUCCUCCAUAGCAAAUUUGACCCAGAAACUUAUGACAAUGAUAUCGUUCUGUUACAGCUGAAGUCUGGGUCAGAAGAGUGUGCUAUUGAAACGGACGCUGUACGCACUGUCUGCCUCCCAGAGCCAGGACUUCGGCUACCUGACUGGACGGAAUGUGAGAUCUCUGGCUACGGCAAGCAUGAGGAAUUUUCUCCUUUCUACUCGGAGCGGCUGAAGGAAGGUCACGUCAGACUGUUUCCAGCUAGUCGCUGCACAUCACAGCACCUGAACAAGACAGUCACUGAGAACAUGCUGUGUGCAGGGGACACCCGGCAACUGGAUGAUGCCUGCAAGGGUGACUCCGGAGGGCCUCUGGUCUGUAUGAAGGAUAAUCGUAUGCAUCUGAUUGGGAUCAUCAGCUGGGGAAUAGGCUGUGGACGGAAAGGCACACCAGGCAUCUAUACAAAUGUGACUCGUUACCUUGACUGGAUUCAGGACAACAUGAAACCCUGAAGGAGGAAAAUGAACCACUCAAGGCCUUGCAGUCAUGCCCCCAUCCCUCCCUUACAGGAGGUACUAAGGAUACUGACAGGAGCUGCUGUUUACAGAUGCCCUAUGAUCACUCACCUGUAGGGUGCAGGUGUGCAGCAGAGUGGAGGGCGGGGCAUACACUUUUUAGGUACUUUCUCUCUCUUUAGAGAUUAUUAGAAGUCAUGGGUUUUGUUUGUUUGUUUGUGCACCAGGUCAUAUAGGCACAAUGAAAAGUAAGUUCUACCCCCACGAGGACUAACAGCAGAGUCUAUGCAUCCCACAGCAGUAGUGAGAGUAUACAGAAGGCAAAAAGGGCACAAGUCUAAACUCUGGAAGCCAUCUUCUCUCUCUCUCUUUUAGAGGGUAAGGUUAUGACACUUGCACUAUACUCCAAAGUAUGUAUAGAGAAACAUGACUGUAGCUGCGCUGUAGAGCUUGGACCAUGUCCCAUUUCCACCCCCACCUCAGGGUAUGGGCUGUUGCUUAAAUCCACUCCCACCUCCAUAUUUUCUUAAAAUAAAAAUACUGAGAUUAUUUGGCACUAGCCCCACCUCCCCAAGGUGCCCUUGAAAAUCGAGAGAGGGGCAGACACAGUGAAAGGAGAUCAUAGCUUAGGAUGCAAAGAGAGAAACCAAGUUUUGUGAUCUCAGGUGAAACAGCCGAAGGUGAACACACACUGAAAAGCAUAGGAUGAGAGCAUGUUCUACCACCACCCUGGUUCCAUGCAGUGGGAUUCCUAGAAUAAGUGAGCACUUUGCCUGAUGUCAGUUCACUCAUAGGCACAAACAUAUUGUGAGUCCAUCCACUUGCUCAGAACAGUCUUCUAAUGUGACACUUAUCUCCUGCAGCAUUUUUAAAGUUUAUUUUUAUACUAUGCAGAUAUUUAAACUUUCCUGUAUUUGUCGGUUUUGUUUUUUUUGUAUGACAGUAUAAUUCCUACCACUAUACUGACUUUCUGGCAAGCCUAGGCUUUUCUCUAGGAAUAUUAAACUAUAUUGGUCUUCUGAA